GCCGGGACCCCUCCUCAGAGCCAGGCUGCUGCGGGGGCACCCAAAGGCGACGCUGCGCUGCCAGCCGUCCCCAAGAGCGGCGCCGACGGCAAAGCGGCCGCACCGGACGUCCCCAAAGGCGGCACCGAGGCCAAGGCGCCGAGCGCCGCGUCCCCCACCGUCCCCAAAGGCGGCGCCGAAGCCAAGCCGGUCCCGACAGCAGCACCGGCUGCACCCUGCGCAACCACUGAGCCCAAACCGGCGACGGCGGCGUCACCCACCGUCACCAAAGAGGCCAAACCGGCGACCACGGCAGCCCCCGCCGUCACCAAACCCAGCGCCGAGGCCAAACCGGCAACAGCAGCAUCUCCCGCUGCUCCCGGCACAACUGAUGUGAAAGUGGCGACGACGGCGUCACCGACGGCCACCAAACCCAGCGCCGAGGCCAAAGUGACGGCGCCGACCCCGACGGUCACCAAAGUCACCGGUGAGGCCAAACCGGUGACGGCGGCGGCACAGAGCGCCCCCAAAGGCGCCGCCGAUGUCAAACCGCUGACAACCGAAACGAAACCGGCGCUGCCGCAGCAGCCGCUGCCCAAAGCCGCAGCGCCCAUCGUCACCACGACCGGCACCGACGUGAAGCCGCCAACGGAACCAACGCAGAGCGGCGGCACCAAAACCGGCACCGCGCCGCUGCCGCACGGCAGCCCCAGAGCCAGCAGCGUCACGGUGACACCGCAGGGCGUCCCCAAGGCCACCGCCAGCACCGCGCCGCUCACACCGCCAUCACAGCAGCCUGCGCACAGGGCCAACGCCGCCCCGCUGACGGCACCGGCGCAGCAGCCCGGCCCCAAAGCCGCCCCCAACAGCGUGCCGGUGGCAGCGCCGCACCAAGCCGUCCCCAGGGCCGCCCCGGUGGCAGCGCCGCAGCAGGCCGUCCCUAAGAGCACUGCCGACACCAAACCGGCGCCGCCGCAGCCCAUCAUCCCUAAGGCCAACGCCGCGCAGCUGACGCCGCAGCAGCCCGUCCCCAAGGCCGCCACGGACACCGCAGCGCCGCCAACCGCCCCCAAAGCGCCGUCUGACAACAGAGCCGCCACCCCCAACGCCGCCGGCGAGCCGCACAAAGCACCGCUCACCCCGCAGAGCAGCUCCAGCGCCGACACCAAACCGCAGCCCAGAGCGGCGGCGCCCGGCCACGAUGCCUCGCCGUCCCCCAGCCCCAAAUCCGCGCCGCCCGCCCUCCCCAAACCCGUGCCGCUGAUGGCGGUGACGCCGCAGAUGGUGACGGCGCAGGUGGUGAUGGCGCAGAUGGUGACGGCGCAGAUGGUGACGCACCUCCCGGCCGCCAAACCUUCCCCGCUCAUCCCCAAACCCGCACCGAAAAUGAUGACGCCGCCGCCGCCGCCUCCAGGCCUGCCGAGGGCACUGGCGGCCGCCAAGCUGCUGGGUUUGCCUUCCUCCCCGGUGGCUUCGGCGAUGCACGGCAAAGUGACGCCGCGACCGCUGCCCGCGUCGCCCGUCCCCAUGGCCGCGUCACCCGCGUCGCUGGGGCCCGACGCCGCCCGCGUGGCCCUGGCAGCCAACAUGGCGGCAGCCAACAUGGCAUCCAAUAUGGCGGCCAGCAUGGCAACCAGCGUGGCAUCCAAUAUGGUGGCCAGCAUGGCGGCUAACGUGGCAUCCAAUAUGGCGGCCAGCAUGGCAACCAACAUGGCAUCCAAUAUGGCGACCAACGUGGCGUCCAAUAUGGCGACCAACAUGGCAUCCAGUGCAGCAUCCAAUAUGGCGACCAACGUGGCAUCCAAUAUGGCGACCAACUUGGCAUCCAGUGCAGCAUCCAAUAUGGCGGCCACCACGGCAUCC